CGAAAUAAUGUUGUGAUAAAAGCUUCCCAAGUUGGUGACAAGCCCAUGUUUUCAAUGGAAGAGUCUGAUAAGCAUAAACGAGUUGGUGGCGAUGGGUUUUUACGUGUUUUGUUUUGGCGAUUUCACAAUUUCCGCAUGCUACUUGGAAGUGACUUGCUUCUGUUCAGUAAUGAAAAAUAUGUUGUUGUUAGCCUGCAUCUAGGGGACGUUUCACGAGAGGUUAAACCUAUAACUUGGCUGGAAGCCUGGCUAGACAAUGUCAUGGCUAGUGUGCCGAAGAUGGCCAUCUGUUAUCAUGAAAACGGUGUGGUCCAUAGUUACGAACUUCUGAAAACAGAUAAUAUAUUUCUACUGAAAGGAAUAUCUGAUGAUGGCACUCCUGCUUUUCAUCCUUAUGUGGUACAGCAAAAUGGCCUUGCUGUUUUAAGGUUCCUUCAAGAAAAUUGCAAGCAAGAUCCUGGAGCUUAUUGGCUGUAUAAAAGUGCUGGGGAAAAUGACAUUCAACUUUUCGAUCUUUCUGAUAUUCCAAAGAACCAUUCUUCUAAUGAUUGUGAUGAUAGCUCAUGCUCUAUGCCUGCUCUAAUGCAUAGACAGAGAAGUGAUUCCUUGUAGUCAUUGGGGACUCUCUUGUAUCGAAGUGCUCAUAGGCUUUCACUUUCAAUGGUGCAAAAGGCAUGUUUAUUGUAUUUGCUACAUACCUCAGAGUAUUGCUGAACCUAUAUCCACUAAACUUGCCGCAAUACACCAUGUU